UCCAACUCUCGCGAACGGUCAGUGACUUUCAGGAGAGAGAUGGAGAGAAAUGAGGUCUGAAAAGGACCAAACAACUGGAGGUAGGGAGAAAAGCGUCGUUGAAAUACAAUUCAAAGAUAUUCCACGGAAACCGGACGGUGUGUCCGUGAACUCCAAGCAAAAAGAGGAAAAGAAAGAGGUUUUCACCAAGGUGGUUAUCCGGCGACUUCCACCCAGUCUUUCCAAGGACCAGUUGGAAGAGCAACUCAGUCCCCUUCCGUCCUACGACUACUUCGAGUUUUUUCCAGCUGACCAAAGCCUCUACCCACACCUGUUCUCCAGAGCUUACAUCAACUUCAAGAACCUAGAGGACAUCUUGCUUUUUAGGGAUCGUUUUGAUGGCUACGUUUUCAUCGAUAGUAAAGGCCAGGAGUACCCAGCUGUGGUAGAGUUUGCCCCGUUCCAGAAGAUUUCGAAAAAGAAGUUAAAAAAGAAAGAUGCCAAAGCUGGAAGCAUUGAAGAAGACCCAGAGUACCGGCGCUUCCUGGAGAGCUACUCCUGCGAUGAGGAGAAGUCCCUGGCCAACCCUGAGACUCUGCUGGGGGAGAUAGAGGCCAAGACCAGGGAACUCAUAGCCAAAAGAACAACACCACUUCUGGAGUACAUCAAGAAUAAGAAACUGGAGAAGCAGAGAAUAAGAGACGAGAAGAGAGAGGAGAGGAGGCGCAGAGAGCUGGAGAAGAAACGCCAGAGGGAGGAUGAAAAGAGGAAGAGGAGGGAGGAGGAGAGACGCAAACGCAAGGAGGCUGAGAAGCAGAAGAAACUGUCGGAGAAGGAGAUAAAGAUCAAGCUUUUGAAGAAGAGUGACAGGGAAGAUGACCUAGACUCAGACAGACUGAAGGACAAAGGGGACAGCGGAGAGACAGACCGAAACAAGUGGGACAAACCCAGCGGACACGCAAAGUCAAAGGAACCCAAGGAGAAGGGUCAGCAGGAGGGUGACAAAGAGCAGCGGGAGCACAGCCGCAGACAGAAGGACCACAGAGGAAGAGACGAGGAGCGGAAACGCCAGAGGCACCACUAUGAGUUCGACAAGUUCAUGCGCCGCAAAGAGGAGACUAAGUGGGGCAAAGGUUACUGCCAGGACCGUGCUAAGAAAGAGGGCCAUCACCAUGGCUACUACUGCACCGAGGGGGGGGACAAGGGGGGCAAGGAGGACAGGGAGGAUCAGGGUGGCAGGAAGGAGCGAAUCCGGAACAAGGUGAGCGAGAAGUCUGUGAUAGUGCAUCAGGACAGAGGGACCGCGCAGUCAGAGGGAACACACCAGAUAGGAGGGUCUCUGCCAGCCAAGGACCGUCCGGCCAUGCAGCUGUACCAACCUGGCGCCCGUAACCGCAAACGCAUGAUCUCAGGGGGCAAAAGUUUCGACUGCCCCCCUGUCAGCCACGCCCUUGAGCCUGGCCCCGAACCUUGCUAUGAAGUUGCUACCAUGGGAACAGGGUCAGAGAAAAGUGGAGAUGAGUAGUUGGUUUUUGUUUGACAUCCAUGCUUCUCUGAUGCUUAACAAAUCCCUAUUGGAUUGUAUUUCAGGCAAAUAGAAUCAAGCUCCGGCUGUUUAGAUGUUCUUUAAAGGUUUCAUUUUUAACAAACAGAUGGUUCUGACAGCUUCAUGGUCCAAAUUUAUUUUCAUUUCAGAAAUAUGAUUCCAUGAAAUGUCAAUUUAGGUUCAAGUUUUAUGACUAAAGUGUCACAGCAGAAACAUUCUUAAAGUACAGUUUAGAAGCUGCACUAGUGACAACUAGAUUGUAAUAAUUGCCAUUUUAAGUAAAAUAUAAAAGUUGGCUGUGAUCCCAAUGGAUAUUAAUAGCACAACUUAACCUUCAUGUUUCUGGAUAUGAUACUUCUUCUAAUGUCCUCAUACAUUUCAGAAGUCACUGCCUGAUAACAGUUAGCUUUAUAUUUGAUAUAUUCCACCUGGGCCCAUAGUUGUUAUGUGUUUGAGGCGGCUCAUCCAACAGUAUCUGUCAACCCAUAUGCCUUCCCUCAUCACCCACAAAGCAGAUUUAUAAGCCUUUGUAGAGAGUCCAUUCGACUGUGAUGUUUUUAAAGAAAGACUUAUAGAUUUGAUCAUAAAACAAAAUAUAUGAUGCAAAACUUUUAUUUAAAAUAUUUAAGAUGUAUUUGGAUCUGGAUGUAGAAUAUCUUUAACCACAGAAAUUAAAUCCAUAAUGUAAUUGUAUGUAUAUACAGAUGUACGUAUUUGUGUGAUUGAGACAAAAAAAAACUAUCAGUAGUGGACCGAAUGUGUGGAUUGUGAGUUUCGUUAGUUAUAUACUUGUUUUACUGUGACUUGUGACAAUUCUUACAAAAUCUUAUUGCCGGAUGUAAGUAAAGGCAGCAGCUGCUUAUUUUGCAUUAAGUGAUGCAAGCAGUUUCCUUCCUAGCAGUGAUUCAAAUGUGAGCCAGGGGAAAUCACACACUUUUGGUUAUGUGACGGAUUGAUCAUUUACAGUAAAUUGAUAAUAAAAUUAGGAAGGUGCUGAGAUUGACUGUCUUCUCAUUUUCAUUUUCUUUGCUGUUCUCUACCACAUGAACUAUCCAAAUGACCUGAUGCCUGAACUGUUUUGUGAGAAGGUAGUAACUAAUAUGUAAUAACAUAGUAAUGUCUUUGUAACAUGCCUUAGAUAUUUUUGCACACGACUCACAUUAUUAUAUUAUGUGUAUCAU